UAUAUAUUUCAACUUCAUCAAUAGCUGUUUACAGUUCGGUCAUGUGACUACAGGAGCUCCUCAAGAUGUUUGGGAUUGGCAAAGCAGAUCUGGCAAGUUAUUCAAGGACACAGCCCGAAUACUCGGCUCUGACAUCAUAUCAGUUACAUGUGAAUGUUGCAAUUUUAGCGUCUUUCAAAACAGAAACUUUAAUAAACUGGCUGUACAAGAUAUAUUUCUUAGAAAAAUAGCUUAACUUGACCCAAAAAGAUAAUUUGGCUGGCUGUUGGAUCACUUUCAAAUAAUAGAAUUCAUCACAAUUUGAUUUUCUAUAUUCUUCUGUGCAUCUAUAGUCCAGCACAGUUUAGGUAAACAAAGUACAGGUAUGUUUAUGCAAUGAGAGAAAAGAUUGUCAUGUAAUAACAUCUGACAAGAACAUUUAUUCCCAUUUUUGAGAUAGACUCUGAAGGCAACUAAUGGUCAUAUGUGGUUUAAAAACAUAAAUAUAAAGCAAAGUAGUGUAUAAAUGCUUCAAAAGAGUAAAUGAAAUUUAUAGUAUUUAUAGUCACAUGUGGGAGCCUCUCUCUGGUUAUUUGAUAUUAUUUAUUUCUUUAAAAAAAGAAAAGAAAAAAAACCCCAAAACACAUCAGAUGAGCUUGGGAGAGCUAAACACGAGCCCCACCCUUAUCAGUCCAGACCAGACUCUGUGAGCGUGACGUUUCUGCAUCCACAGCCGUCCAAUUACUCAUCAGUUCUGCAUCUACUUGACGCCCAAAUCUGCCGGUCAGCAUACGUUCUAAACUAAAGAGAUAUGCUGGGUUUAAACCAGAGACUCCCUGCCUGUGCAGCUGUUUCUGCCAGAGCAGACCAGCAGGACACUCUCACAAAAUCUGUUUCCACCUGGAGUUCAGACACAACCAAACAGAGAUUUGUACUCUAAUGGAAAGCAUAAUUUCUGAGUUUAUAACCUGGAACCAUGGAAAAAUCAGAGGACCACGUCCAAGAAUAUUUUGAGUAAUCUCAAAGCUCCUGCAGUGGAAAGCUUCCUGGAGGAGAUCAGAGCGCAGAUGGUGUCUGGGCAGAGGAACCCCGGAGUCCUCCUGGAGACCCGGAACUCACUGACACCACCAGACCAAGUGAGGGUUCUGCUUCAUGCUGUCGAAGGAGGAACAUCACAAUCCAGAGAAGCUCUUAACCAGAUAUUUUCAAAUCUGGAACCUGCCUUUGAAGCAGAACAAAUUCAUCAGAACAACAUGAUGAUGGAUAGCGAACAACUUUUAGAUGAGACACAACCUUCAACAGCAACAGAGAGCAAACUAGAAAACAUGGAUGAGCAAAAACAACGAAUGACAGAAAUAAUCACUGACAUUAAAAACCUCUUGAAGGAUGCAGAAGUACAAAGCAAAGAGAAACUAACAGACGGAACAUCUACGUUUGACCUUUUGGAAAUCCAACUUUGCCAAAUUCAGGAAAACAUGGAAAAUACUUUUAAUGAACUUAAAGAAUAUUCAAUACAAGUCCAAUCUGAAAAAUCUCAGAUUGAAACAAUCAAAAUUAGGAUGCAAGCAGAUAGAUUAGACAUAGAGAGAAACAGGAAACUGAUUGAUACGGAAAUGGAUGCACUGAAGAGUACAAGAAAGAGUAUUGAAGAUGAAAUGAAAGAGUUAGACAACAAGUUACAAAGAGUCAAGAGAGAAAUCAAAGAGAUGGAAGUGGUGAGCAGGGAAGUCCAAAUGAAGAAAAAAGAACUGGAGAAAAUGAUAAGAAGUAACAGGAAGAGUAAAGAAGACACAUCCAUUAAGACUGACGAAGCAAGAAAAACUGUCCAAGACACAGAGGAAAGUCCGCCGCAGUGGCUUUACGUUUGUGAUCAAUGUAAAUCCAAGCAAAUGAAAUGGGUUAAUUUUCAGGCAAAGAAAAAGAGACAAGAGCUCGACUGUCGGCUAGAGAAGACAAUAAGACAGAGAGACGAGUUAGAAAUCAUGAAGAUCCAAAUACAACAACAAAAACAAGAAGUUAAAAGACAAAAACAAGAUGUAAUGACUUCAGUCCUUACAAUGGCCAAAGUGAAGGCAAACAUGGAAAAUGCGUAUGAAGAAAUCAGAAACCUCAUGGAGGACGUGUUCAGAAUCAAAUCAAGUACGGCAGACUACAGCAGAGAAUUAAAGAAAUACCAGGAGACUUUGGCCUGCAUGAAAGAUCGAGUCAACUCAUGGAAAAUGAGAACUUCUUCAGUUGGUAAGAUUUUUUUAGGGAAUACUUUUGAACAUGAAGAGCACCAGGAAGAAGCAAAACCAAACAUUAAAACAGGAGCUCAAGAAGACACAAGUGAAGAAAAAACAUUAAUUUUGCUGCAGCCUUCUGUAAUGGUGGAGGAUCGGGAUAAAGUUAAAGAAAGUUCAGAGCACCAGCACACUCCCAUGGAGACACAAAUCCAGGACCAAACGUUACCAGAUAAAGAUGAAGCUCAAUUUUUGAUGGAUUCAUCUCAGAAGGUUGAUUUGGACAUACAGAUGUCUGAGCCUAAGGGUCGAGAUGCUGCAGUACAAAGGCUGGAGCUGGAAAUUCACCGAACCAUAGAAGUCAUCAAAACGUUUCUUUUAGAAAUUGGGUACCAAGUAACAGAAACAAACCCAAAUGAACUAUUUAAAAAUGUAGAUUGUGAAACUGAAAGAGUUUUGGACAAUGUAAAACAGUUCCAAGAGCUUUUGCAAAUGGUAGAAACAGCAAUAGAGCAAAGUAAAAUGUGUCUCAAAAAAGAUACAAAGAGCAUGAAAUUUGCUGUGGAAAAGAGGAGAAGAGAACUGGAUCACAAGCUAGAGCAAAUUUUAAGGCAGAGAGAUGAACUGGAAAUUUUAAAAAUAAAAGUCCAGAGAGAAUCCAUAGAAACUGAAAAGAACUUAGAGAAAAUGACAAGUUGUUGGAGCUCCAUGACAGAAAUGAUCACGAAGUCCAGAGAGAAAAAUGAAGAAAUAAAAAUAAGGAUGGAGAAGACAGAAAUAAAAUUGAGACUGCUGAAUGAAUCGAGCACUGCAACGGAAGCCACUCAACAACAAAGGAUGGAAAGAAUCUAUCUUUUAAAAACAAAAUGCAUGGCUGAGCUAGAAACAAUUAGAACCAAAAUAAAAAAAUUAAAAGAAUCCAACUCUGAGAAAGAAAUGAGAGAUGAAAGAAAAAAUGUAAGAGUUGGGACAGAUACUGAGACAGAUGAUCAGGCAAGUAAGGCAAAAAGUAAACAAAUGGAGAAUGCAGAAGACCAAAUAAUUACACUCACAUCACAAAAACUAGUGAGUGUCCUAAAACUGACAGAAAGUUUGGAUCCAGAAACAACAAAUAAUGUUUGGUCACGUAAGUCAACAAGCAAUAUACAAAAGACGCCAAGAGAAGAAUUUCAAAGGUGUACCCAGGUCCAAGCAGAACCCAUAGACGGAAAAGUCUCAAUGGAACUGUUUGCUGAAGAAUUUCAUAAAAUGAACAAACAGAUUGAAGAUAAGAAACAAGAACUAAAUGGCCACUUCCAACAGAUAAGAAGAGAAAUUCAAGAAAUGGAGAUUCUAAAGUCAGAGUUGCAAAUAAAGAGGAAAGAAAAUGAACAUGUACUCAGAAAACUCAUGAGACAAAGAGAGCAAAAUGAAAUAAUGUUAAAUAAAAUAAAACAGGAAAAGAUUUCAUUAAGGAGAGAGACUAGAAAGAAAAAAAGAGAAUUAGAUCAAAGGCUAGAGAAAACCAUCAGAGAAAGGGAUGCAUUGGAAGUGUUCCACUUGAAGAUGAAUCGACUAAAGGAAGAGCUGGUCAUUCAGCAGCUUUAUGUCAAAGACAAAACUGCAGACCUGCAUGCAGACAGUGGAGAUCAAAAACAAGAUUCGGAAAAGACAGAUAAGAAAAGCAUUCAAAAGGGAAUUAGGGAAGAACAGUUAAACACAGAUAUUGCUAGUUUUAUUAAGAACCUUCAAAGGAUGAAAGAAAAGAUCCAGGAUCAUUUGGUAAAAAUUACGGGAGAUAAAAACACUCUGGAAAAUCUCAAAAUGUGUUUAGACCAACAAAAAGAUGGGCUAAAAACUUUUCAAGGGGAGACCCUUAGGUUGAGUGAUGAAGUGAUCAGAGUUAAAACUCAAAUAAAGACAGCCUCUAACAAAAUUAUCCCCGAAAAAGGAGAAAAAAGUGAUGAAAUUAUUAACAAGGAAAAUGAUCUCCAAAAGCAAGAGCUUGAUGUCGCUCUAGAGAAAGUGAAAAGAGAAAGACAAGAAUUAGAGGUGCUGAUGACAGAUUUGGACAUUAAGAAAAAAGAAAAUCAACGAAUUGUUCGAAAGAACAUCCAGAAGGAACAAGAUGUUGAAAGGAUGUGGAAUGCAGUCAGAGAAGAAAAAGAUACUCUCAAAAGACAAACUCAAAGAAGAAAGAAAGAACUUGAUCUGAGAUUAGAGAGAAUAAUCAGAGAGAGAGAUGAGCUGGAGGUAAUGAAGAUCAGGUUUAACAAAGAAAAGGAAGUGUUCACAGGUGGAAUGAUCAAAUUGGGGCUGACAGGAGUCUCACAAGCUCCAGGGGAAAUCCAGAAACACUGGACUUUAUUGCAAAUGUGUACAAAGACAUGUGUUAACAUGAAGACAUACUGUGAAGGUCUUAUUCAGAUAAUUAAGGGUGUCAAACAACAAAUAAUUGUACAUGCUGAUAUGAUCAAAAAUUCAAGAGAAGAAUCAAGUAAAAUUAGACUAGAAAUGGAAAGGCAAAAAGAGAAAAUACAGUGUUCAGUUAAGAGGAUUCAAGAAGAGCAAAAGUUUUUGAAACAAAAUGAAAGUACAAGAAAAGACCAAAGCAAUGUUAAGACAGAAAAGAAGAUGACAAAAAAGUCAAAGCGUGUGCCCAAGAAACCAAGCAAGACAGAGAUCUCAACUGAAUUAGAUAAAUCUGAGACAACAAAUGUUAAAACAGAUAAACAGGAACAAGAGAGCAAUGUAAUGCGUCAAACUAAAGAAAGGAGUGUAGGAGAUGAGGAAGAAACAGCAGUUGUAAAAAGAAAAGGAAAGAAAACAAAGAAAACUGAACUGUUGUUAAAAAAUGAAGCGUUAGAUCUAUUUUUUGGGAAAGAAAGUGCAAAUACAAGGCUGAUCCCAAAGGAGGAAACAUUUAUUGGGGAAAGAACAAGGUUUUAUGACCCAAGGGAAAAAAUAUUUUCAAGUGAACUACCUCUUGUAGCAGAAUCAAAAUGUGAAGAAUUCACAUCAACAUUAACGCAUGAACUGGAAAGUGAAGAUGAAAAUACAAUGGAUGACAUUAGUGUAGACACAACACUGGAGUUGAAAGACAAAAAAGAAAAGGAACAAUGGAAAAAACAUCUCAAGGUUCGAGAUAGCGCCCAAGAACAUGAACUACAAAAUCAAAGACUUGACAAGGUCUUAAACAUGGUCAAAAAGACAAUCUUUGAGGACAUCAAACAAAAGAUGGCUGAAUUGGAAAACAAGAUGGAAAAGACAGACAAAUUAAGUAUUGAAUUGGAAGAGAACUUCAAAUCCUUUGAAGAACUGAAACAAAACCUGACUCAUGACAGUGAGAUCUUCCAAAGGCAAAAGGAAGCCCUGAAAAGUGCUCUGUCAGAUGUGACCAAACAGAGAGCUGGAGUGGAAACAGAACAGAGAAAAAUGAUUGACAUGGAGAGACAAGAAGUUGAAAAACACAGAGAAGAACUGACCCAAGAGAGGCAGGAUCUGGAUAGAGCAAUCAACACAAUGAAGGAAGAAAAACUGGACCUGGAGCUGAUGAAAUCUGAAAGCCAGAAACUUGGAGAAGUCAUGAAGCAAGCAGAGAAAGAUUUGAAGACCAAAAAGGACAAGAUGGAUGAUGCAAACGUUGAGCUUCAAAAGAAGACUGAAGCUGUCAACAGUUUGAUGGAGGAGAUGCACAGAGAGAGAUUAGGACUUCAGCAACUCAUGGUCCACGUUGACUCCCAAAGAAAAAGACUUGACGAUGUCUUGGACUCAGUCGUCACACAACAAUCCGAAAGAGACAGCAACGAAAAAGAGUUCCAAAAGCAAGCAGAAGAACUGGAAAUCAGACUGAAACAGGUUCAGGCAGAAAGAGAAGAGCUAAAUGCUCAGAAUGACAGUUGCAACAAAAUGAAAGAAGAGGUUGAAGCUGCCAUGAUGGACCAGCUUCGAGAAAAGGAAAAAGUCAAUCAAAUGAGGGUAGACGUUGAAAAUGAGAGAGAAAGGAUUCAAGCUGAAAAGAACAGAUUGGAAAUUGAACAAUCUGAGCUGAACGCCAGAGAAGAACAACUCCUGGACAGAAUGAAGUCAUUCGAAAGUCGUGAAACCAAACUUCAGGAACUCAGUAAGACCAACGUAGAGGCCCUCAAACAAAAGAUGGAAGAAUUGGAAAACAAGAUGGAAAAGACAGACAAAUUAAGUAUUGAAUUGGAGGAGAACUUCAAAUCCUUUGAAGAACUAAAACAAAACCUGACUCAUGACAGUGAGAUCUUCCAAAGGCAAAAGGAAGCCCUAAAGAGGAAGAGCAGAGGAAGAGAAAAGCUAAACGACCUGAAUGACAGUAGCAACAGUAUCAAAGACAACGUUGAAGCUGCCAUGAUAGUUGACAUUGAAAUUGAGAGAGCAAGUUCUCAAUCUUUGUUUGAUGUUAUAAAACAGACUGAUGGAAUGGAGACUGAAAAGAUAAUUAUGAUUGACAUGGACAGACCAGAAGCUGAUAAACUUAGACAAGCAAUGAGCCAUGACAGACAGGACCUGGACAGCGCAAUGAAGGGACAGGAUUUUGAAUAUUUUGAUUUUACAGAGCCGACUGAAUCGUCUUUUAAGGGACAGUUUCAAGAGUCUAAGCUAAGGAACUUUUAUGGAUCAUUGGUUUUAUUGAUGAAAAAACUCAAACAUUUCAAUGCAAUUGCAUUUGAUUUAAUCUCAAAGAACUUUGACCAGUUAAUACAGAAUAACAGACAAAAUUUUGAUAUUUUGUCUCACUUUGAAAGAACAAUUAAUGUUGAGAAGUACAAAUAUAUUAUUGAUGCUAUUCAUAAGUUUAUGAAGAAUGAAAAUCAAUUUUCUGCAACACUAAGAAGUGAAAAAGCUGUACAAACUGAAUCUGAAGAAUUAUCUAUCAAGAGUCAAAAAUUGCAAAAUCUACCGCCAGAUAUUUUGCCUCCUGAAAUAGAAGAUCUACCUAAGUCUAAGGAAGACCAAUUCAGCUUGAAAGUAAAAGAUGAGGACCACGUGAAUGAGGAAAAAAGAGAUCACUUGCGAAAAAUCUGGAAGGACACAAGAAUAGAUCAGAAGGAGAUUCGUCAGAUGAAGAGCAGAGGUCAGGAAAUAAGACACAACUUGGAAAAACGACUAAAACUGGUCAAUCAAUUUGUUAAAAGAACUGUGUUACAAAAAGAAAAUACAAUUGUAGAAGACUCAAUGAGUGUACAGAACCAAAGUACAGAAUCAUUAACUCAAAGUGACGGUGACAGAAGUAGUGAGAAACUUAAUUCCAAGUAUUUAGAGCUCCACCACCUUAAAGCUACUGUGCUCAAAGAAAUUAAGAAUGUCCACGCUAAAGGAACAGCUCCAAACACCUGUGAGAAAGGCAACCAAACUGUUCAGGUGGACAUAAUGUCAGUCAGUGAGCAGAAUACAGGGGGGGAGGAAGGGACUCAUGCAGAAACAUCAAAAGGACUCCUCUGUCAGCUCCGUCAUUAUUGCUCUCGCUGUUGCUGUCUCUGCUGUGCCUGUCAAAAGAGAAUGUGCCCAAACGAGAAAUAAGAACCAAUUUUUCAUUAUUACCAUUGCUCAUGUUCAUUUUACCUGUUUGUUGCAGAAGCAGCUUUUCUUUGAUCCUUAAACAUAAAGCAGCAUUUUGAUGUUUGUGUUAAAGCCUUGACUAGAAAGUAAUGUUUGUAGAAAAUCUUUGAAACACCUAAUGCUAAAGUUCUAAUUAUAAUGCUAAAUCUGAGUGUAUUUGCAACAUAAACCUUUAUAAAGUUCAUAAAAAAUGUUGUUGUGUUUGCACUUACUGCUUUCUGUGCAUUUUUUUUUUGUUGUUGUUGUAAAAUUACAUAUUUUUAUUUUUUACUUAUGGCCACAUGAAGCCAGUUGUUUUAUUUUGUUUAAUUUCCUUUUAAAUCUUAUUUGAAAUGCAAUUCUUUAAUGUUGAAAAAAGGUUUCAUCUUUGUGUUAUGCAUCUUUGUCGCAUUAGAAAAAAAACCUUUCAAACUAAACAUUAUGUAUUUGUGCUUGUUUUAUUGUGCUUCAAAUAAAUUAAAUUUUAUUUGACAAAAUUA